AGAUACUAGCCGCCGCGAUGGACGUGUUCCUCAUGAUCCGGCGUCACAAAACCACCAUCUUCACGGACGCCAAGGAGUCGAGCACCGUCUUCGAACUGAAGCGCAUCGUCGAGGGCAUCCUCAAGCGGCCGCCCGACGAGCAGCGGCUGUACAAGGACGACCAGCUUCUGGAUGACGGCAAGACCCUGGGCGAAUGCGGCUUCACCAGUCAGACGGCACGGCCACAGGCUCCAGCCACAGUGGGACUGGCCUUCCGGGCAGAUGACGCUUUCGAAGCUCUGCGCAUCGAGCCCUUCUCCAGCCCCCCGGAGCUGCCUGAUGUCAUGAAGCCCCAGGACUCAGGGAGCAGCGCCAACGAACAGGCUGUGCAGUGAGGGCCUCGCGCCCACCCCUCCAGAGGCCCACUCCCCACCCCCAAUAAAAGAGAUUUGGGUGUCUGCCUGGUUGCUGCCUCUUUCUCCCCACCGUCCUCCAGACUCCAGGCACUCCCUGCGCUGUCCUGCCAGCACCGGGGACCUGGCUGCCCUGCAAGCUGGACCACUCUCCUCAGCCAACAUGGGGAGAGGAUCAGUUUGGGAGGGAACAGUGGAUGCUCCGAGGCCUGGCAGCAGGAUCUGUGAGGGAAUCCCAACCUAGAACAGCUACCACAGCCUGCCACGCCUUCCAGAUCCUGACAGCGACAGCACACGUGGUUCCUCCUUCACUGUACCUAAUAAAGCAGGCUACAGACCCAA